AUGACGGUCAUGCAGAUUUGUUCCGCGACCGGCUGUGAUGUGAUAGGACUUCAGNAUGGGAUCGAGGAAUGCCCGUUCACGGUCAGCGCCGCCGGCCAGACGUACAAGCAGACAGAUCGGUUUGUGUACCUCGGACGUACCAUCUCCGCGGACGGGAAGGCCGACCGGGAGAUCACGAGCCGCAGCUGCCGAGCGUGGAAGUGCUACCGCCGGAAGAGUGCUUCGAUGUACGACAGGCGACGGGUCGACCGCAAGCUCAAGAUCCGGCUACUCCAGGCUGAAGUGGUGGAGACUCUCCUGUAUGGGUGCGCCUCGUGGAGCCUAACAGCAGAGCACUACACGAAGCUCAUUGGGACCCAUCGCCAGUUCCUUACACGGUGCAUCGGCUGGAGCAAGCGGAAACGCUCAGACCGCCCCCUGUCCUUUGCCCGGGCCCUCAUCCAGGCAGGCUGCGAGGAAACCAUCGAGGCCACCGUGCGCAAACGGAGACUGUGUUUCGCGGGCUUUGUUAUGUGCAUGGAGGACAACCGCCUCCCCAAGCGCACGCUGUCAGGAGCGAUGGCGGGGGUUCGGGCCCAUUCACGAUGGCCAGAUGCUCUACUGUAG